AUGGACACUAUUUGGUCCAAGCUUGGCCAAGGCCUGGACUGUGAUUCCUUUGAUGACACUGCUCUGGCUCUAGUCCUUGCUGAUGAUCUGGAAUUCCAGCAAUGCCUUGCUGCCAGCAUCCUACUGAUGUGUGGAAACCCUCUGUUCCUUGUUCAGCACUUCUUUACAAUCUUGUGUGCCUGGCAAGACUUUCUGGGUGUGGAGGAGCUGCCCACAGAGUGGCAGAACCUGCACGGCUGCACAUCUCUGGUGCAUCAGAGCCAGAGGCUGUGGAUGGGGUUGGACCAGGCACACAUUCUCGUUGCUACUGACUACCUUUUUUUGCUAGGCAGCAGCACAGACAAUGUCAAGCAGAAGGUUUCAGUGGUUAAGGCCAGCCACCAGUAUCUUCAUUCCGAAGACCUGUUGGGUCUGGGAGACAGCACCCUCAAGGAAGUAGCAGGCAUAAUGCUAUGGGGUGAAGCUCAACCACAACUAGACACUCCACUUCCAGUGGGGGAAUUUCCUGUUGACCCAAUUGCUAGUGCCCUAAUGCUUGUGCAUGUUUUCUCAUUCCAUGCUUUGUGGUAUAGGCUUAUUAUGAUCCCUGAGGUACAAAGGAAUCAUUAUGACUGA